AUGGGCCUUAUCCCAAGAACGAAAGAAGUAGAUGAAGAUGAUGACACUGCUGAGGUUGUUGCUGCUGCUGCUGCUGCUGCUGCUGAUGAUGAUGAUGAUGAUGAUGAUGAUGAUGAUGAUGAUGAUGAUGAUGAUGAUGAUGAUGAUGAUGAUGAUGAUGAUGAUGAUGAUGAUGAUGAUGAUGAUGAUGAUGAUGAUGAAGAUGACUCGGAUGAUGAUGAAUAUUCGGAUGAUGAUUAUUCGGAUGAUGAUGAUGAUGAUUCGGAUGGUGAUGAUUCCUAUGAUGAUGAUGAGGAAAGGCCUGAUAAUGAUGAUCAAAUCUAUAAACGUCCCCUUCAUUGA